UUAAUGGGGUAGGGGGUUAAUUGUAUUUUAAUGGUAGUACAGAAUUGGGCAGAUCAUAAUUGAUCGUAUAUUCCAGCACAGUAGGUGGCGUCAUGCACGUAGCCAAAACGUUUGUUUGCGGACAACCAUGUCGAAGAAGUACAGCCCGAAGGCAAAGGGGUGGAGUGUAGUCUUUAGUAAAUUAGAAACCAUACUUUGGUAACCAGAGCAGAGAUCUCCAGCAUUGAGACAAGAGUGAGAGUGAGGAAGGAGAACGGCAAAGGACGAUAGACGACUGGCAAGGAUUGGCGACACAUCGGAUCAUCAGUGAUAAACCCAGAGCAAGAAGACUCGAUGACAGAGACUGAAGGGAAGUUUGACUUUGCUAUCGACCGUGGUGGUACUUUCACCGACGUCUUUGCCCGAUUACCUGACGGCCGGGAGAGGGUCCUGAAACUGCUGUCCCACGACCCCCAGAACUACAAAGACGCUCCAACUGAGGGGAUCCGCAGAGUUCUGGAGGAGGAGACUGGGCAGGCGUUUCCCAGGGAACAGCCUGUGGAGACAUCCCUGAUUGGCUGGAUCAGGAUGGGCACCACAGUGGCGACCAAUGCCCUACUGGAGAGGCAGGGAGAGCGGACUGCCCUCCUGGUCACGAAGGGGUUCAAGGAUCUGUUGCAUAUUGGCACCCAGGCCCGGCCAAAGCUCUUCGAUUUGGAGGUGGCUGUUCCAGACGUGCUAUAUGAAGAGGUCAUUGAGGUUGAUGAGAGGGUUGUCCUUAGACAAGAUGGCUGCCAGCUACCCAGGAAAGAACCCAAGCGUAUUGUCACAGGCAGUACAGGGGACUCCCUGGAGGUGUGGCGUGAGCUGGACAUGCAGCGUGUGGAGGACGAUCUGAGAGGAGUGCUGUCCCGAGGGAUCCACAGCCUGGCUGUUCUGCUGCUACACUCCUAUACGUGGUCUGCCCAUGAGAAGGCUGUUGGGUCAUUGGCGCGCAGGCUGGGUUUCACCCAAGUGUCCCUGUCCAGUGAGGUCAUGCCCAUGGUGAGGGCAGUGCCACGCGGGUACACCGUAUGCGCCGAUGCCUACCUCACACCUAAAAUCCGCCAGUACUUGAAAGGCUUCACCUCUGGCUUCAGAGGUGGACUGGAGGGUGUGAGUGUUCUCUUCAUGCAGUCUGAUGGCGGUCUCACUCCCAUGGAGCAGUUCUGUGGGUCCCGGGCUGUGCUGUCUGGGCCCGCGGGGGGGGUGGUGGGCUACGCCAUCACCUCCUACAGCCAGACGGAGAACAAGCCCGUCAUUGGGUUUGACAUGGGGGGCACGUCUACAGAUGUGAGUCGCUACGCGGGUCACUAUGAGCACGUGUUUGAGGCCACCACGGCCGGCGUCACCCUGCAGGCCCCACAGCUCGACAUCAACACCGUAGCAGCAGGCGGUGGCUCCCGCCUCUUCUUCAGGUCAGGGAUGUUUGUUGUGGGUCCAGAGUCAGCUGGUGCCCAUCCAGGACCAGCCUGCUACAGAAAGGGUGGUCCUCUGACUGUGACGGAUGCCAACUUGGCUCUGGGCCGCCUGCUCCCCUCCUACUUCCCCAGGAUCUUUGGUCCUGGAGAGGACGAGCCUCUGUCCAGCGAGGAAACCAUGGAGCACUUCCAACAGCUCACCUGCGAGAUUAACCACUUCCUCUACACCAACCAAUCCCAGAGCAGCGCCAACGGAAGCGCCCAUUCAAACAACAGCAGGGUCAUGAGCGGCAAAUCAGAGAUGAGCAUGGAGGAGGUUGCUAUGGGUUUUAUCAGAGUGGCCAACGAGGCCAUGUGUCGUCCCAUCAGAGCACUGACACAGGCUAAGGGACAUGACACCUCUCAGCAUGUGUUGGCAUGUUUCGGUGGAGCAGGUGGGCAACAUGCGUGUGCCAUCGCACAAGCUUUAGGUAUGAAGACCGUCUUCAUUCACAAGUACAGUGGUGUGUUGUCGGCCUACGGCCUGGCGCUGGCUGAUGUGGUGGAGGAGGUCCAAGAGCCGUGCUCUCUGCAGUACAACCCACGCUCCUUCUCUGAGCUGGACCACAGGGUGGAGCAGCUGACCCAGCGUUGUACAGAGACCCUGAGAGACCGCGGCUUCAGCAGCUCUCAGAUAACCACUGAGGUUUUCCUCCACCUGCGUUACGAGAAAACAGACUGUGCUCUUAUGGUGACAGCCACAGGUUACCCCAGCAACUCUCAGUCUUGUAAGUCAGGGGACUUCCGUAGUGCCUUCAGUAAGCGCUACCUGCAGGAGUUUGGCUUCACCAUCCCAGACCGGCCAAUCAUGGUGGAUGACAUCAGAGUCAGGGGCUCUGGGAAGUCCGGAAUCAAAUCUGUGACCAACACCAAGAUGGGAUCUGGAAUUCUCAAAGCCACUACGAUAACCAAGUGUUACUUUGAGGAUGGUUACCUGGAUACAAGUGUUUACCUGUGGGAGGAGUUGCCAUGUGACCACAAUAUCCCCGGUCCAGCCAUCAUCAUAGACAAGAACAGCACCAUCCUGGUGGAGCCCAGCUGUGUGGCCCAUCUGACAGAGGGGGGUGAUGUGUGCAUCGCCGUGGGCUCCGACCCCCACUGCCUCCUGGGAACUGAACUCAACACUGUGCAGCUGUCCAUCUUCUCCCAUCGCUUCAUGAGCAUCGCAGAACAGAUGGGCAGAGUGCUCCAGAGAACCUCCAUCUCCACCAACAUCAAGGAGCGUCUGGACUUUUCCUGCGCUGUGUUUGGUCCUGACGGAGGCCUGGUGUCCAACGCACCACACAUCCCUGUUCACCUGGGAGCCAUGCAGGAGACCGUCCAGUACCAGAUCAAAUCCAUAGGGAGCAUCAUUAAAGAGGGUGAUGUGAUUCUGAGUAACCAUCCAUGUGCAGGAGGCAGUCACCUCCCUGACCUCACUGUCAUCACACCGGUGUUCAGGAGUGGUGUGAGUGGGCCAGUGUUCUUUGUGGCCAGUAGGGGGCACCAUGCAGACAUCGGGGGGAUUACCCCGGGCUCCACCCCCCACUCCACCUCCCUGCAGCAGGAGGGUGCUGUCUUCACCUCCUUCAAACUGGUCACUGCUGGAGUCUUCCAGGAGGAGGCUGUAACUGAAGCCCUCAUGGCUCCGGCUCAGUACCCAGACUGCUCUGGGACUCGCAAUCUCCAUGACAACCUGUCAGACCUGCGAGCUCAAGUGGCAGCCAAUCAGCGAGGGAGCACGCUGGUGGGGGAGUUGAUUGACAGCUAUGGGCUGGCUGUGGUACAGGCCUACAUGGGAUACAUCCAGACCAAUGCAGAGCUGGCGGUGAGAGACAUGUUGAAAGAGUUUGCCCGUUGCCGGCAGAAACAGACGGGCUCCUUGGAGGUGGAGGCAGAGGACUUCAUGGACGAUGGAACACCAAUCAGAUUGCGGGUCCAGAUUAAUGAGAACGAGGGCAGUGCAGUGUUUGACUUCACAGGGACGGGGACAGAGGUGUGGGGGAACUGCAACGCCCCUCGUGCCAUCACCUUCUCUGCCCUCAUCUACUGCUUGCGCUGCAUGGUGGGCCAAGACAUCCCCCUCAACCAGGGCUGUCUCACUCCAAUCAAGGUCAUCAUUCCCAGCGGCUCCAUUCUCCAGCCUUCCCAGAAUGCCGCUGUGGUGGGGGGGAAUGUGUUGACGUCACAGCGGGUGGUUGAUGUCAUCUUCCGUGCCUUCGAGGUCUGCGCUGCCUCACAGGGCUGCAUGAACAAUGUGACUUUCGGGAGCGAGGGGAGCGGUUACUAUGAGACGGUUGCUGGGGGAGCAGGUGCUGGUCCAGGCUGGACUGGGCGGAGUGGUGUCCACAGUCACAUGACUAACACACGCAUCACCGACCCAGAGAUUCUGGAGAAGAGGUACCCUGUGGUUCUGGAGCACUUCUCCCUGCGGCCCGGCUCGGGGGGUGCAGGGGAGUACCGUGGGGGCGACGGGGUGAUCCGGAAGCUCCUGUUCAGGAAUAAGGUGGUCCUGUCAGUUCUGACAGAGAGGCGCUCCACCCGACCCUAUGGUCUCCAUGGGGGUGACUGUGGGGCAUCAGGCCUGAACCAGCUCCACAGAGCAGAUGGCAGGGUUCUCAACCUGGGGGCCAAGACCACUGUGAGCCUGGAACCUGGGGAUAUGUUUUGCCUGUACACACCUGGUGGAGGUGGAUAUGGUGAGGAGGACAAGCAAACAGCUGGGGAUGGAAGACUCCUUAAAAAGCGCAGGCGCUUCAAUGACAACUUCUCUGAGCGGGGCAGUGUGUUUGAGUAUCGCAUGGCACAGGAGGGUGUAUGAGGACAGGCGACAGGCCAGGGCUGGAGGGGAAAGAGACCUAGAAAAACAGUUACACUAAGAUGAGAUGUGCUGAGAAACUCCGCCAAAGAUGGAGACAACGAUGAAGGCUGGAGAGCGCAUUUAAAAUGCUAAUGCAUUCAUGUCCAGUUUUUAGGCCUUGAACAAUGCCUUUUUUCAUGUCUGUAGUCAACAACCCAUACUACAGUGUUUAAAAGGAUGCUCGUGGUAUGUCCUUUACAGUACUUUUGAGUUUGCACAGAGACACACAUGGAAAUUGUUUCAUCGGUAGGGGAGUUAAUGAAACAAGUUUAAUCCUCUGAAGACAGUAAACCUUUAGGCCUAGAUUCAUUCAGGUCAAGGGUUUACCUGACCUGUGUCAACAGUAUCGUUUGUUGUAUUUUCCUUUAAGCUUAGGCAGUGUGUUAAAGCUAUCUGUAGACAUCUAGUCUACUGCCUCUCACCACAACUGAUUAGAAACAGGAUGUAAAAGCAACACUAGAUUAGUUGUAUGGCUUCAAGGGUGUUAACUAGACUUGAAACACUACUCUUCAAAUCUGUUGAUGUAACGAAGACUAGCCGACCUUUGGAUCAGAUGGAUACAGUAAAUCGCUGCAUUGGA